UUUGACACACCAAAGGAAGACGCUUCUCAUUCAUUGAUGUUGCUAACUGUGUUCACUUUUUCUUUCAUAACUAAAAAGACGUUUAUUUCUUUCCGCGUUCGCUUCUUUAUUUUUGAAAGGCUCAAAAACCUCAAAGUACCCGGGGAAAGAUGGAGGCGCCACCUGUUACUGUAAUGCCUGUCACUGGGGGCACAAUUAACAUGAUGGAGUAUCUGUUACAAGGGAGUGUGUUGGACCAGGCCCUGGAAAGCCUCUUGCAUCGCCUUCGAGGUCUGUGCGAUAACAUGGAACCUGAGACUUUUACUGAUCAUGAGUUGGUUUACCUUCUCAAAGGCCAGCAAGGAAACCCCUUCAUUUUGCGUGCCCGCCGUUCCCUCUCCCACCCAACUGCUCCAUGGCACCUACGCUACCUUGGUCAAUCUGAAGUGGGAGACAAGAGUCGCCACGCUUUGGUACGCAACUGUGUUGAUGUUGCUGCCUCUCACAGCCUUCCGGAGUUCCUCAAUGAGAUGGGCUUCCGCAUGGACCAUGAGUUUGUCAGCAAUGGACACAUAUUUCGUAAAGGUGCAAUGAAAAUUGUGGUCAGUAAGCUGUCACGCAUACUUGUACCAGGGAAUACAGAAAACACUGAGCAUCUGUCACUUUCAUACCUGGUGGAGCUGAGUGUUUUGGCUCCUGCAGGACAAGACACUGUGUCAGAAGACAUGCGCAGCUUUGCUGAACAACUCAAACCCCUGGUUCACUUGGAAAAGAUUGACCCUAGCAAACAGAGACAUUAGCCAGUUUUCCACAAAAAGGAACUCUCCCCUGGUGACUGGGAACCUUGGGAGGGACUCCAUGAGUUUCCACCAGAGGAACCAGGUCUAAGUCAACUUCUGAGGGAAUUAUUUCACUCUCAAAAAAAGUUCCUUCUCAGGGCAGUAUAUUUUGAAAAUUCAGUAACAUUGGUGUUGGGGCUUGCAGCAUUGGAACACAACUGAUUGGCAGCCUCCUUGCACUAUUUUAGUUAACUGCCUGAGCUAUAGCUGAUGUUAUAGAGAGGGAGGUUGUUUUCAAGUGGGAUAGUUUUUGAAUAAAGGGGUUGGGGGGACUAAACUAAGUGGUAAGUUAGAGGAAUAAAAUAUUUUCUUUUUGUAUUGUCUCACAAAGCUUAUGUUCUAAAGCAAAAUUAAACAUGGUCACACUUUUAUGAAGGAAAAGCCAUGUGGGAAGUUGUGGAAUUUCCAGAUUUUGUGUGAAUGGAAGCAAAGAUUCAUCCUGUCCUCCGUGGCUGCUUUACUGUGUGCUUCAAAGAGACACUGACCUGCAGGUAUGACACAAAGAGCAGGGAAAAGAGACAUAGACGCCUAAUAUGUAACGUCCUCAUUAUCAACUAUAAAACCCCACUUUUAAAAACACCUGUCACUUGUCACCUGAACUAAUGUGCAUAACCAUUGUAUGUUUUUUGUUUGUUUGUUUUUUGGUUUUUUUAAUAAAAUGAAAUAGAGUCUA